UUUAAUAGAGAAAAUGGUAGUUUAACUGUUUCUUUUGGGGUAGUUUUAAUAUAAUCACAGGAGACAGCUCAGGUUACCAUACAGACAAAAUAAACUUAUAACCCAACUUCAACAUUUUUGAGAUCAUAAUAUACAAGUAAAGUCAUUUUGAGUAUUCAGCUUAAAAAAAUUUCUUUAGGUACUCCGUGUCGUUCGGGGUAACUAUACAACAUGGAUAGAGUUACCAGCUAGGUGAAAUCGCUGCUCGUCUUCCCGUCAUUUGUUUACACUCACCUCAGACGUCGUCGGGAGUUUACCGGUGUUCAUCGCUGCCCAACCAUCACCCGUUAACUCACUACUGACCUGUCUCCAGCGCCAGAGCAAAUAUACCUCGAACCUUGAAUGUAGAUCGACUUCCUUCAUAUCGGACGAUGAGAAAGAAACUAGACGUGAAAGAAGGGAAAUGAAAUAAGAAUCCACGUGUUUGAAGGCACAAGAAACGCAGAAAAGGGCAAUUGAACUACAAUUCUACACACGUUUAAAGCUACUGGGAAGGAAGUACCACCUCACCUGUCAUUAUCGUCAUCAUCAUCAUUAUCACCGUCAUUAUCAUCAUCAGUGAUGGAGAAGAAGGUUGGGGAGGCCAUGACAGAGGAAAGACCAAGGAAACAAUGGAGUUUUUGGAGGAAAUGGUGUAAUCAUGGCUUCUCAUUUUGGUGCAAGAAAUACUUUUGGGAAGGUCAGCUGAAGCACGGGGCGACAGACAAGGACUGUGAGGAUGUCGACACAACCUCCGGACCGUUCAGUGGCAUGUCGUCCAAAAAGCGGAAGCUCUUGGGGUUGUUGAUCCCGGCCAUGUUCUUCCACUUCUGGUACUGGUCCAUCAUGGCCUAUAAGAACCUCUUCUAUGUGUUUGCGGACACGUAUCCCAUGGCCAUCACUAUGGUGUUCGGCUCGGUCAUUUCCGGGAUGACAAGCGUGGGCGGAGGUGCGGUGGCAUUUCCCGUGAUGACGCUGGUGAUGAGAGAGACCCCAGAGGUGGCACGCGACCUCUCCAUGUCGAUACAGGCCAACGGGAUGACCGCCGCUGCUUUCUCGAUCCUGUUCAUGAAGGUUCACACAGAGAGAAACGCCUUACUGUAUAGUUUCCUGGGAGCUUUUGCUGGCGUGAUAUUUGGCCUGGAGGUGGUCGACCCCGUGCUGACUCCCUCUAUGAAGAAAAUGGGAUUCGUCAGUAUUUUCUUUGCCUUUGCUUUCACUUUGUUUUUAAUAAAUUGGAACCCCAAGAGAAAGACCUACAAUAAUAUUCCCGAUCUAACGUGGUGGAAGAAGCUGAUGAUUUUUAUAUUCGGUUUUAUCGGAGGAAUAUUCACGUCGUUCUCUGGGAGCGGCGCGGACAUCUGCAUGUUCAGUCUUCUCACUCUGUACUUUAAGGUGUCGGAGAAGGUGGCGACUCCAACGUCGGUGGUUUUAAUGGCCGCUACCUCGAUGGGUGGGUGGUGGUGGAGGGCGUUUGUGACGGUGGGGAUGCCUCAGGAGAGUUGGGAUUACUUACUCGCUCUCAUUCCCAUCGUUACCAUCGGGGCUCCGCUCGGGGCGCUCAUCGGCUCGCACUUCCACCGUCUGGUUUUGGCCGCGUUAGUUUACAUCCUCAACACUGCGUCUCUAAUCAGCGCGUUCGUCAUAGUGCCCCAGACGGCCGCUCUGGCCGGGGGUUCCGUGGCCGCCAUGGUUGGCAUGUUCUUCGUGUACUCCGUCAUAUACAAACUCGGGGAACGCAUGAACGCAAAAUACGAGGCAACCGUCGUUAAGAAAAAACAGGACACGGAGAUCAAAGUCGAUAAAUCCAACGGCCACUUCCAGACUAACGGCCUCAAGUUGGACCGUAUCGACGGGGCAGAUAAUCCGAGCUACCACAACAAUGAAGAAAAUAAUACAAAAUUGUAGCUCCUGUAGAAUAUCAAGCCACUAGCCCCUGUAGAGUGCCAGCCCACACCUGUAGCUUUAUCCUGGUUUACUGUACCAUAUAGAAGCUAAAGUGUAUCUUGGCCAUGUAGCUCUGACAGUGGCCCGGAGAUCUGGACAUAGGAGCUUCAUAAACAACACUUCGGUCGUCUGGGCGUUACCUCAGAGAUGGGGUGUUGGCCGUUAUGAUAAAUUUGUUUUUAUAAAGUUCCCUUGAGUUACGUAUUAUUACUCUUAAUUUAUUACAAAAUUUUACUAUUCCUUUCAUUUCCCACAUUUUGUAAGAUUGUAAUGUUCUAGGGAGAAGGUCAUCCUUGUCCCAGGUUGUGUUGAGUUUUAGUUCAAUUGUAUUUCUUGCCAGUUUUAUUCUACCAUUAGUUUCUCUACAAUCUAGUAAAUGUUUGUUAUUUAGAGAAAAACUUGUACGGUACAGUAUUAGUGACGUUUCAGAACCCGUAAAUUUGGCUUAUUUCACCUUGUGAGUAAACAGACUAAUGCUGACUAGUGGGUUUUGUUAAGUUAGGUUAACAUUAGUGUGAUUACUCUUAACCCCUUAUGUAUGGGAUCUGUGCUGAAUAAAAUCCUCUGGCAUUUGAAAUAUUCAAUACUAAAGGUGGCGUCCCCGUAUUGAAGGGGUUACGGUGAAGUAAGCAAGGGUGCCUAAUCCUCGCCUGAUGCGAUUUUUCUCUCCUCACUAUGUAUUGAGGAGAGGGAUGUAGAAAUCACAGACGAUGUUGAUGUUUGUAAUAGACACGACAGAUGUUAGUGUUGAUGUGUCUAGCAGUGAGUUUGUUUGGUGCCGAUGAGUUAAGAUGAUUAGUACUGUACCUAAACCAAUCCCUGCCUCUCUUUCCCAAUCCCCACAAAUACCACCCUAGUAUUUCCAAUCCAAUUAAAGCAGAUUAGUGGAAAUGUGAGAUUAAGAUAAUAAAUUAUUGUUUUUUCAUGAGUCAGUUUGUGGAUUCAGUCUUGUUUGGUCAUAAAGUAAUUUGGCAAUAACUAUUUUCUGUGUCUUUCUUUGAGCUGUUAUGGUCCCUUUACCUGAGGAGUAGACACCCUAGUGUAUUCACCUAAUGAUUAAACUCCCCAAUACUACCUGGAAGGGGAUAUGUUAGGUUAGCAAUAGGUUGCUUAAUCUUCAGGUGAAAUAAGCUGGUGUCUAAUCUUCAGGUGAAAUGAGCGAUGAGGUCUACUCAAAUUCUCAUGUUAGUUCUAUAAUCAUUAUUUAUUAACUUUUAUGAUAGAUUGUAACCAAAUUCUAUGCUUAGAGGAGUUGCAGUUUGAUCUCCAAAGAAUUCGGUACAUAAUUUAUUGUCGAGAUGUAUUAGGGCUUCUCGUAUUUGGUUGUGAUUCCAAGAGGGUUGUGGCCAGUCUCAGUAGAACACUGUUGUUGUGGCUGUGUUAUUGUGUUGUGAAGGAAGUAGUACUGUAUUUGUGAUAUUGUGAAAAAUUUGGUGCCAUGUUUGGUUUUACAGUUAACCCCCUUGUGUACGUGGGGGGGGGAGGGGGUGUCUUCCCUGUAUAAGAUUGUCUGAGGUUCGCCAAAUAGAUCAUUAAAAGUGUCGUCCCAUAGUGAUGGGGUCAGUGAAGAUAGUUUAUAAAUCCCUUGUCUAUGGGACGUCUCUGGUGAAUAAAAUAGUCCUGUGAUCUUUCCCAUCGUAUUUAAACAAUUCAGGUCAACUGUUUGUUUAUUAUUCGUCUAAGUACAGUAUUAAGUAACCAAAUUUCUUGAAAUAUUGUUAAGAGACCUUAGAAUCUCACAAUAUCUUCACAUAGGAAUUACAUAUUAAUUUUCUGAGGCCUUGAUAGAUGUUAAGGUCUGUGUUCUGUGAAUUUGUUCUUGUGGAUAAUAUUAACAGUGGGUGUAUGGGUCUGUGUUGUACCAGGACCUCUGUAUUGCUCUCAGUAUCUUAAUGUAUUAAUAGUUUAUGUUCCUUGGUCCACUGUGUCUUCCUUCAACACAAAUGAUGGAAAAAUGUUAAGUUGAUCUGUGUUGGCUGUAGGGGAGGUGAUGACUCUUAAGCUGUGGCACAUUCUCAAUGUUUCUCUAUAUUAAUGAUUUUGCAUUUCUUGGUCCAGUGUAUGAUGGAAUGACCUGUUCCUUGGUCCACUGUACAAUAGAAUGACCUGUUCCUUGGUCCACUGUACAAUAGAAUGACCUGUUCCUUGGUCCACUGUACAAUAGAAUGACCUGUUCCUUGGUCCACUGUACAAUAGAAUGACCUGUUCUUUGGUCCACUGUACAAUAGAAUGACCUGUUCCUUGGUCCACUGUACAAUAGAAUGACCUGUUGCUUGGUCCACUGUACAAUAGAAUGACCUGUUCCUUGGUCCACUGUACAAUAGAAUGACCUGUUCCUUGGUCCACUGUACAAUAGAAUGACCUGUAGGGGUAUCGAGAUAUUAAUGUGGUCUAGCACUCAGGAUGGAAGGAAACUCUAAUGUGGUUUUCUUGUAUAAUAUAUAAGUUAUAUGAUAGACAGUCUGG